UUCAGCUUUGACUCGUUCCUUCCGCCAGCAUCUUGCAAGCUCUUCACAGCGACGCGCAAAACUUACAGUGAACCCCUAUCCGUAUCGAAUUCACGUCUCUAGCUUUACGACACGAGGAAUGGCUACCACCGCUGCGAAUGGAACUGCCCUGUCGAAUGUCGUCGACGAGUUGAAGCUAGACUUGUUGACUGUGAACCAUGUAGAGGAGAAUGCGAAGAAGAGGAAGGAAAUUGCUCGGACGUUCAUUUCGGACACCGUAACGGUUCCCACUGAGGAAAUGUACGCCUACGCCGUUCAGGCAACCCUGGGUGACGACGUCUAUCACGACCCUUCCACCGCUGCACUAGAAGCACACAUCGCCAAAAUCACAGGCAAAGAAGCAGCCCUCUUCGUCCCCUCCGGAACAGCCUCCAACCAAAUCGCAAUCCGAACCCACCUCACCCAACCACCCUACUCAGUGCUAGUCGACAAACGCGCACACAUCAACCAAUACGAAGCCGGUGGAACCGCCUUUCACUCCGGCGCCCACCUGAUCCCCGUCGCACCUUCAAACCGACACCACCUCACUCUCGAAGACAUCCAAGAGAACGCCGUCGUCAGCUCUGAUAUCCACUGCGCUCCUACAACAUUGAUCGCCCUAGAAAACACACUCAAUGGGAGUAUCUUUCCCCAGUCUGAAAUUCUGCGUAUCGCGGAUUACGCCAAGUCUAUCAACGCCAAACUGCAUCUUGACGGAGCGCGGAUAUGGCACGUCGCGGUGGAGACAGAGACGAGUGUGAAGGAGCUUUGUGAACCCUUUGACUCGGUUAGUGUGUGUUUCAGCAAGGGGCUUGGCGCCCCGGUAGGCUCGUGCCUUGCAGGCCCGAAGGCUUUCAUCCAAAAAGCACGGUGGUUCCGUAAACUCUUUGGAGGAGGCAUGCGACAGACGGGUAUCCUCGCUGCGUCUGCGGCAUACGCUCUUACGCACAACCUACCUCAACUCUCUCGCGUCCACACUCUCGCCAAACGUCUGCAGAGUGGCCUAGAGGACAUCGGAGUGAAAAUCCUAAGCGAGGCUGAGACUUGUAUGAUCUUCUACGACCCCUCUACAGUCGGCGUAACCUACGAAGAAAUCGCGGACAGGGGAUACGCGCUGAACGAACCAUUGAUCCUGGGUGGCUCCCGUCUCGUCGUCCAUAUCCAGACCUCAGAAGCAGCUGUUGAGGACUUCCUAUCCGUCGUUCGACAACUGGCCCAGGAGAAGAAGGAUGCAGGAUUUGUGUACCAACUUGACGAGCAAACCAAUGGAGCAUUCAAGGACGUAUACGUUAGGAGAGCACCUAAAGUUGCGAAGUAG